GUAGUGUUUUUCAUAAUUGCAUUUAUCGGAAUAUUUGAAAAUUCGAUACCGAUACUUGCUCUAAGAAGAUCGAAAGAGCUUCGAAAUCCAACAACUGCAUUUAUCGUGAAUCUGUGUAUUGCUGAUUUGAUUUAUUGCCUGUUGAUGUGGAAUCAAAACUACUAUAUUUGUCUUUGGAGUGCAAUGGGGAAAUAUUUCACAGGUGUAGAAGCAGUUAAUCUAAUGGUUGCAAUCACCAUCAAUAGGUACAUCAGUGUAGUUUAUCCAGUAUUAUAUCGCUCCGUGUACAGUUCAAAAUAUCUAGCUUUACAGAUAGCUUUUACCUGGAUUUAUUCCUUAACUCUAUCGCUAAUUCCGUUCUUUGAAGUUUUGGGAAGCUAUCGUUAUGAUCUUAGUAAAGGACUUUGCCUUAUUCUAUGAACGCUGAAAUUGCCCAUAAUAUUUUUAUUAUAACUGCAUUUGCUUCCCCAACACUUGCAUUUGUAAUUUUCAAUCUAAGAAUCUAUUGGGUAGUACACAAGGCUUCGAAAAGAGCUCGAAAAUCCAACAUUUCAGCAACUCCAUCACAAUUCCAUCAC